AUGAUCGUGCCUGGGCAAUGCUUGGCUGACAUCGAGGUACAACCAGACGGUCUUCGAAGGGAACCCUUUGUCACAGUCUUAGUUGUGGCACAUGAGCUUGCAAGGACCACCUACCCGAAGCAGACAGCGUUCAGCAAAGAGGACUACUCAAGAGAAGUGAUAUGA